AUGCAAUCACAAUCACAAUCUGAGGAACCAGAAAGUUUCAUGGACUCUUCCUUACCAACCUUUAUCAGGAACGCCAUCAACCACAACGAGGAUGACUAUUCCAAUUUCGAAGAUACACAGGCACCUUCAGAUUUUGAGGCUUCGUCUUAUGGUAUCGGCAACGAUGGCAUUAUCAGUCGUCCUAUGGGAGGUACCAUUGAUUCAUUGACCAAGAUUUGGAUGGAUGAGCGUAAUGCACCUGAAAUAUUGCCAUAUGAACACGCACUUGUAGAGCCCUUGAUUUUAGCCAUUGAGACACAGGCAGAAAACAUCAUGGAGUCCAUGGAAUCACAAAAAGAAAACAAGUUUGAGAGUAUGCUGUAUCAGACAGAAAUCGAGCGAGUCAAGUAUUUAUUAAAAAGUUAUUUGAGAUGUCGAUUAUGGAAGAUUGAGAAAUAUACAUUGCAUCUACUUCGCCAACCUGAUCUAAAGGAACUAUUGUCAUCUCAGGAGAUUGGAUAUGCUAGACGAUACCAAGAACUGAUUGAAAGCCACAACCACGAUUCAUUUUUGCAUCAAUUGCCCAGAUCACAACAUAAACAAGACGAAAUCUCGGUCGACAUGAAUAUGGUGGUGGAACCCAAUCUGGAUGCCCCUGUGUUUUGUCGUGUCCUAAGCGAUAUUGGCCAUGUAGAGAUCAAUAAUGAUAGUGUCUUGUUUGAGCCCAAUGAUAUCUACAUAUUACGCUAUAGUGACGUACGAGACUAUUUGAAGGAGAAAAAAGUAAAGUUAAUUUAA